AUGAGGAUGUCCGCGAUAGAAGCGGAUGAUUUCUAUCGUCGCCGAUUUCUUCCAGGUGGUCUUCCUGUUGACCGCACCACAACGAAUUGGUCAGGCGUUCAUUAUCAGUUCCUUCACUUGCAUCUGAUGCUGGGUGUUCGGCGUACGCGAAUAGUUUUUCUUCUAACCUUCGUGAUUGGUUGUCUUCUGUGGAUUGUAUUCUACUUGCACGUACCACAAAUUCAAAGUGGUGCGAAUUUGAACGAGACCCCGUUUCGCCUGCCCGACUGGUUGAACAAUACAAAUGCCCUGACCACAAACAAAGGAUUUUGUAGCUCCACCAGACAAAGUGCAUCAUCUUACGUUGUUGACGAUACUGGCUCCUAUUGUCCUCGCACGGUCUUGUUAAAUUCUGGCUGUUGUCCCACUCCUGUUGCCUCUGAUCACGCAGACACUGCUGUUAUUGUCCGCCGCUUUGUGUGUGAUUCGUGCAACCAAGCCCGUGAAAAUUGCUGCCAGAUCUAUGAACACUGCGUAUCUUGUUGUAUGAACAGACAACAUGUACAGCUAUGGCGUGAAGCCCUUUUGCAGGCUUUUGAAUUACCUGCACAACGCCACCUUUUGUUAGCUGAUGGACUAUUCCAGUACUGCCAAGCGAAAUGCCGAACAUCGUCUCAGGUUUGUGUUCUCAUGUUCGAAGAGGAGGAGAAGGCGCAAGUAUUCUUGGAUGAACUGACCAAAGUCAUCCCGUCCUUUGGUAUGCAUUUUGCACCCACGAAGUGUAAGGUCAUGCUUGUGGACGUGCAGUCACUGAACACGCCCCUUACAAUCCAGGGAGAGGUACUGGAAGUUGUGGAGCGUUUUACGUACCUUGGAAGUUGUAUUAGUUCUGAUUGCAGUGUGACAGAUGAGGUGAAUGCACGAAUCUGCAAGGCUCGGGCCGCGUUUGCUAACUUGAGACACCUAUGGCGUCAGAAUGGUUUAUCCCUGAAUCUGAAGGGACGUGUGUAUCAAGCUACAGUACGGGCUGUUUUGUUGUAUGGCUGUGAGACUUGGCCUAUUCGAGCAGCGGACCUGAGACGUCUUCAGGUGUUCGACAAUCGUUGUCUCAGAACCAUAGCUCGUGUGGGUUGGUGUCAGCGAAUCCGUAACGAGGCAGUUAGAAAGCGUGUUUUCGGUUGUGUAACGGGUACUUCCAUUGAAGAAUGUGUCCAGCACCAGAAGCUGCGUUGGUUGGGACAUGUUUUACGCAUGCCGAACCAUCGUUUGCCGAAGAGAGUACUGUUUUCCAUGCCCGAUUCGGAGUGGCGUAAACAGAGAGGUGGCCAACCCUUGACCUGGCAGAGGAGUAUGAAGGAGAUGACGAAACGCUUGGGUGCUGUCGGUGCUACUCGCCUUCCAGGAUGUGGACCGCGUGAUCCUCACUGUGCCUGGUUGGAGACACUACAAGAUAUGGCUGGCACCCGAU